AUGUUGGCCUCUAAGCCGCCAUAUGUACCCAGCAUCCCCACCGCUCAGCAGAUACCCAUUCGCAAUUUCUCCGAAGGGUCUCAGAGAAUACAAAUGUCUUCAAUGGCUCUUCAAGAUGGGCUGUUCUCCUCUCCAACCGACUCCGAAUUCUCCGAUGUAUAUGACGGGCUGGACUCGAUUCGAGCAUGGGAUGAGAAAAAAGUUGGGGAAUGGCUACACUCUAUUCGGUUUGGACAAUAUGAAUCUCUUUUCAAGGCCAACAAUUUUACUGGUGAAAGUUUAUUGGAAUGUGAUCAGAAAAUUCUGUCUGAAAUGGGGAUCAAGAAGAUUGGCGAUCGAGUCCGACUCAAUGUCGCGAUAAAACAGCUUCGGAACAAGUCAUCCUUGUUGCGGGCCAGGAGAAAUAGAGAUUCUCUAGCCAUCCUCGAUGGUUUUGCCGGCACCCCUUCAUCCUCUGAUUCACCUCGCACCCAUGGCUCCAAAUCACACACCGGAAGCGGGAGGCGAUUUUCUCGCCAACUAGAUCCUUCUGCGCUACAAAAUUUCAAUUCCGCCAGCACUGGUUUCAAAGUUGGCUCCAGACCAAGUUCGCCGUUGGCUGAUGCACAUAGUGCCGGCUUGAGAGCCCAUCGCUAUGCUACCAGCCCAAUGGACAAUGGGCGGAACAACCAAAGCGCAGGCUAUUUUAGCCAGCCAGGCUCAGCAAAUUCCACGUCUGGAAGACGGCCUGAAACUCCGCAGUUGGCGAAUCAAACCACUCGAGCUGCUCAUUUGCGACAGAACUCGAGUAUCGAUGGGUUGACUCCCGGUGGACUGCCUACUGGAUCUCCCGUCAUCAAAAUUAUUCACAAUGGAGGACAAACCAAGGUUGUCAAUAUCAAGUUCUGCAAAACUGCAGACGAUGUCACUUCAACCGUACUGAAAAAGUUGCUUCUUCCAGAGACGCAUUUUCGGAAUUAUUGUUUUUAUGUGCUCAAUGGCCUUGAGCCUGAUCUUGCCAAUUGUCGUCGAGUCAGUGACAGUGAGCUUAUGAAGAUUUGCAACGAAUCGACCAGGUCCGAGAGAAAUCGGUUGAUAUUAAGAAAAAUCAAUGAUGGUCCUCCGGAUCUAGAAGAAAUUCGCAAGGCUGCAAAGAUCGCGGCCGAUGAAUCACAAAUCUUGCAUAACAACGCAUUGAGCACGAACAACAUGCGUAACCAGAUCAAGCUUCAAAAGCUGACGGGUGAAUCCUGGCAUCACAUCCAAGGUCCCAUGUCGCCUGUCACCACCACUGAUCGAAAUCGCAACAUCCUAGCUACAGCGGAUGAAUUUGACCGACAAGAAGCACAACAGCACCUCAGAGUUCCAAGCAAUCAAAGUUCCAAACUGCGGUCAUUCUUUGGCGCUCGACCUCCAAGCGAAAUGAUUGUACAGGAACUAACAUCCUAUUUCCCGGCUCAUCAACGUGAAGACAUUGAAAAGACAAUGAGAAUGUCAGUACGGCGAUCGCAACGGAUGAGUCGAGCGGCAAGUCGAUUGAGUGUCAUGAGUAAUGCGAGCUAUGCUUCGAGUAUGAAAGAUGCCCCUCCGGUACCUAGUAUUCCUAGCAUUGCCGAUUCCUGGCUCGCUCAAAGCGGAACAGGUUCUCGAGUUCCCACGACAAGGCCCUUAUCGGUGGUCUCGGGCCGAUUUAAUCUCAACAACUCAUCAUUCAGAGAUUCCAUUGCAUCCUCAACCCUUCAUCCGUUGCAGGAAGAGUCUCCCCUUGAGCCGAAUCGGAAGUCCUAUGUCUCCUUUGAUAGCGGCUCUGACACAGCAAAUCAAAGUGAAGCAGCGAGAAUCAGUUACAUUGAUGAAAGUCCUGGCGGGUUGGGAGUUGAAAACUUCAAUGAACGAUUGUCGGUCAUUGUUGCUGAAGACGGAGAAGAAGAGGAUCAAGCAUUGAAUUCGUUCCUCAAAGGAAACAGCUUCGAUAAGAGCAACUGGAUGAAAGGUGAUUUGAUCGGCGAGGGUUCAUUUGGCAGUGUCUAUCUUGCUUUGCAUGCUGUCACUGGUGAACUUAUGGCCGUCAAACAAGUUGAACUACCCAACGUUACCAAGGGCACAGAAGGUGACAAGAAGAAAUCAGCAAUGAUUGCAGCACUCAAACAAGAAAUCAACCUAUUGCAGGGAUUACGCCAUCCUCACAUUGUACAAUAUUUGGGUACAUCAUCCGAUGAAGACCAUCUCAAUAUUUUCCUCGAAUAUGUUGCUGGUGGUUCCAUUGCUGGUAUGCUCAAACAGUACAAUACCUUCCAGGAACCGUUGGUACGAAAUUUUACGCGGCAAAUUCUUGAAGGCCUCUCAUAUCUACACGCACGAAACAUCAUCCAUCGAGAUAUCAAGGGAGCAAAUAUCCUCGUCGACAACCGCGGUGCGGUCAAGAUUUCGGAUUUCGGUGUGUCCAAGAAAACCAACUUCAACGGCAUGAAUGCCGCUCCUGGCACACGCACCUCCUUGCAAGGUAGUGUCUUCUGGAUGGCACCUGAAGUGGUUCGACAGAGUGGACAAUCGAUCAAAUCCGACAUCUGGUCCGUUGGAUGCUUGGUCGUCGAGAUGUUCACGGGCUCGCGACCUUUUCCUUCCAUGACGACCUUGCAGACGCUGUUUGCCGUGGGAAGCAACAAUGAAAAGCCAACGAUUCCGGAAUCCGCGAGCGAGGAUGCAAAGAAGUUCAUGAACAAGACCUUCGAAGUCGAUCAUGAGAAGAGACCUGGUGCCGAUGUGUUGCUUAGAGAGAAGUUCCUGCUUCCUAUGGCUUGA